UAAACCAAACCCUCCUCUGCAAACCCUACUUCUUCAAUCCGCACGCCGCCGCACUUCCAACCGGAAAAAUGAAGACAAUCCUGUCGUCGGACACCAUGGAUAUUCCCGAUGGCAUCAAGAUCAAGGUGAAGGCGAAGGUGAUCGAAGUGGAGGGGCCCAGGGGCACGCUAUCGAAGAAUUUCAAGCAUUUGAACCUCGAUUUCCAGCUCAUCACCGACGAGGAGACCGGGAAGAAGAAGCUGAAGAUCGACGCCUGGUUCGGAAGCCGGAAAACCACCGCCUCCAUCCGUACCGCGCUCAGCCACGUCAACAACCUCAUCAACGGUGUGACCAAGGGAUACCGCUACAAGAUGAGAUUCGUGUAUGCUCAUUUUCCUAUCAAUGCCUCCAUCACUAACAACGGCACCGCUAUUGAGAUCCGUAACUUUCUCGGAGAGAAGAAGGUGAGGAAGGUUGAUAUGCUUGAGGGAGUGUCGAUCGUGCGAUCUGAGAAGGUGAAGGAUGAGUUGGUGUUGGAGGGUAACGACAUUGAGCUCGUUUCUAGGUCUUGCGCCUUGAUUAACCAGAAAUGCCAUGUUAAGAACAAGGAUAUCAGGAAGUUCCUUGACGGUAUCUAUGUUAGCGAGAAGGGAGCCAUUGCAACUGAGGAAUGAAGUCAGAUAUUUAUGUUUCAAUCAGUUAUUCCCAUUUUCUUGGUCUUGUUUUCCUGCUGACUUCUCAGACUUAUAUAGAAGAUGAAUCUCCAAAUUUUGUGUUGUCACAGAUUGACUCUAUUGUUAUUGUUUUAUGGUAUUCUAGUUUUAUGUUGCCUUUUCUAA